AUGGACGCUACUAGCUCUGUAACGAGCCUUUUUGAUGUCAAGGGUGUUGUCGCCGUGAUCACUGGGGGUGGCAGUGGUCUCGGCCUCUUCAUGACACGAGCAUUGGCGGCAAAUGGCGCCAAGAAUGUCUAUAUCCUGGGAAGGAGAAAGGACGUGCUGGAUCGGGCAGCAUCGGAAUUUGAACAAGGCAAUGUGAUUCCCGUUCAAUGCGACGUGACCGAUCGAGACGAGCCGAAAGCAGCUGUUCAAUUUAUCAAACAGGAUAUCGGAUACAUCAACGUUCUAAUCGCCAACUCGGGCAUUGCAGGGCCAUCCCUGGACGUACCUGCUGGGGCUAACAUCGCGCAAGUGCAAGAAGCUUUGUUGAAAAUCCCGAUGCAGGAAUUUACAAAUACGUUCCAUGUCAACUGCACCGCAACAUUCUAUACCGCCAUUGCCUUUUUGGGGUUGCUUGAUGCUGGAAAUCAGAACAACACGUAUCCCCAAGGUCGCAGCCAGGUUAUAGCGAUGAGUAGCAUUGCAAGCUUCAACUGGCGUGUCACUGCAGGAUUUGCAUACGGAACUAGCAAGAGCGCGACAACUCUGAUGUUCAAAAUCUUGGCUACUUACCUGGCUCCGUAUCAGAUCAGGGCAAAUAUUCUUUGUCCGAGAUAUGGUAAGAACGCAACGGGAGAGGGGGCGUUUCCUGCAGACCAAAUUCCCGCCGAGCGUGCUGGGAUGCCGAAGAUAUAA